AUGGGUGUCGAAAUCCCCCAAUCAAUGAAUGCCCUAAUCGGGGAUCGAUCAAUAGUUACUCGUUUAUCCAAUUAUGCCUGCGGUCACUCAUCUGGAGAUGGCGUCAAGCUCACAUCUAUCCCUGUGCCCAAGUUCGCAGACAAUGAAAUCCUCGUCCGAGUAACAUGCGUCGCACUCAAUCCAACAGACUUCAAACACAUCGACAUUGUAUCUCCACGGGGCGCGAUAAUCGGAUGCGACUACUCAGGAACAGUUGCAAGCGUGGGCUCCAAAGCUCCAGGAAACUGGGUCGUCGGUGAUAGGAUAGCAGGAUGGACACACGGAGGGCUCUAUACGGAUAGAGGAUCAUUCGCAGAGUAUCUCAAGAUACCGGGCGAUCUAGCAUGGAAAGUUCCAUCCUCAAUCAGUGACGAACAAGCAAGCACAUUUGGCGUCUCAGCCGUCACAGCCAUGCUGGCCUUGAACACUCGACUUGGUGUCCCUUGGAUCGACGGAGGAAAUGACAAAGGACGAACAAAUACACCCGUUCUUAUCUACUCAGGCUCAACAGCAGCUGGUCUCUACGCCAUUCAGCUCGCCAAGCUCGUAGGACUCAAAGUCGUGACGACUACCUCACCGAAAUCGCAUGAUCUGGUGAAAGAGUACGGCGCCGAUGAUGUAUUCGAUUAUCGAUCACCGACCGCAGUUGAGGACAUCAUUCGAGCCUACCCCGAUAUCGACAGGGCCAUGGACUGUUUCUCAGAAGGCGAAUCUACAGAGUUCUGUGCGAAUGUUGUUAGAAAGAAUCGUGGGUGGGUGGUUACACUUCUGGAUAGUGGAAAGACUGAGCUGGAUGGCGUAAAAGUCGAGUUCUUGUUGGGAUAUACUGCCUUUGGUGCGGAAUUUCAAUGGCUUGCGCCGGUUGGUCCCAAAUUUGGCAAAAUACCCACUGAUAGAGAUGCAUUGCGCAGAUUCUAUGCCUCACUGCCAAAGGUCUCUCAACUGUUGAAGCCACUUCCCCUCAAGGAUAUUGAUGGUGGAUUGGAGAACCUUAGCGUUGGAUUGGACUUGCUUCGGCAGGGCAAAGUGUCUGGCACUAAGUUGAUUGCUCGCUUGGGUUAA